GAAGGGCCGGCGUUUGAAGUGUGGGGCGCGAGCGCGCACCAUGGCGGCCCCGGAGGAGGACGAGGAGCGGUACCGGCGGCUAGUGAGCGGAGCGAAGGCGGCGGCGGGCGACGGGGACCUGCAGGAGGCUCUGCGGUUGUUUCGGCUGGCGGCCGCUAUCCGCCCCAGCGAGAAGUUGCGGGGCCGGAUGCAGCGUGUGGAGGAGGCGCUGGCGGCGGUGGGCGAGGAGGAGGACGAGGAGGAAGGCUUCGUGGAUGUCUGCGGCAGCGGCCUGCUGAUCUACGGGGAGAUGCACGAGAAGCUCUUCCAACACCAGCGCGAAGGCGUCGCCUUCCUCUACCGCCUGCACCGUGAGGGCCGGCCAGGCGGCAUUCUGGCUGAUGACAUGGGUUUGGGGAAGACCAUCCAGGUCAUCGCCUUCCUCUCGGGUAUGUUUGAUGCCGAGCUCAUCCAGCACGUCCUGCUCAUCAUGCCUACCACGCUGGUCAGCAGCUGGCUGGCUGAGUUUGCUCGCUGGACGCCUGGCCUGCGCGUCAAGGAUUUCCAUGGCAACAGCAAGACGGAGCGCACCAGGAACCUGGAGAGGAUCCAGAGGAAGAACGGCAUCAUCAUCACGAGCUACCAGAUGCUCAUUAACAACUGGAAGCAGCUCGCCAGCAGCCGUGAGCAGGAGUUCGUCUGGGACUACGUCAUUCUUGAUGAAGCGCAUAAAAUCAAGUGUCCGUCAAACAAAACAACUCAGUGUGUAUACGCGAUUCCUGCAAAGCAUCGCAUCCUCCUGACGGGUACCCCAGUGCAGAACAACCUGCGGGAAAUGUGGUCCUUGUUUGACUUUGCGUGCCAGGGCUCUCUCUUGGGAACGGCCAAAACCUUCCGAAUGGAGUAUGAGAAUCCCAUUACCAGGGCGCGGGAGAAGGAUGCAACUCUAGGCGAAAAAGCGCUGGGCCUAAAGAUAUCUGAGAAUCUAAUGACAAUCAUAAAGCCAUAUUUCCUCAGGCGAACCAAAGAAGAUAUCAAAAGCAAUUGUGCUGACGAACCAGAUGCUCCUCUUCCUGAGGAUCCAAGUGAGAAUAAUGCUCCUGUCAUGCCGUCCCUCACUAGGAAAAAUGACUUUGUUGUGUGGGUGUACUUGGUACCAGUGCAGGAAGAAAUCUACAGGAACUUUCUCUGUCUGGAUCAUGUGAAAGAAGUGCUGAUGACAACCCGAUCACCUUUGGCUGAGCUGACUGUCUUGAAGAAGCUGUGUGACCACCCUAGGCUUCUGCCUGCAAGAGCAUGCAUCCAGCUGGGGUUGGAAGAACAGGAGUGCUCUGGGCAGCAUCAGGGUCACAGGAGUGAAGAAGGUGUGCUUUCAGGCACUGACAAAAUAGAUCAUCUCUCUGAUGAGACACUGAUUCGAGAGUCUGGGAAAAUGAUCUUCCUUGUAGGACUUCUAGAAAGGCUGCGAGAGGAGGGACACCGAACCCUGGUGUUCUCACAGUCGAGGAAGAUGCUGGAUAUCAUAGAGCACGUCUUGUCCCGCAGGCAAUUCAAGAUCAUGCGUAUUGAUGGGACAGUGACACACCUAACAGAGCGGGAGAAGCGCAUUAAUGCCUUUCAGAGUAACAAGGACUACUCUGUCUUCCUGCUCACCACGCAGGUCGGUGGCGUUGGUAUAACCUUAACGGCAGCCAGCCGAGUGGUGAUCUUUGAUCCCAGCUGGAACCCAGCCACAGAUGCUCAGGCUGUAGACAGAGCUUAUAGGAUCGGGCAGAAAGAGAACGUAGUCAUUUACAGACUGAUUACGUGUGGUACAGUAGAAGAGAAAAUAUACAGGCGACAAGUAUUUAAGGAUUCAUUAAUAAGACAGACUACUGGUGACAAGAAGAACCCAUUUAGAUAUUUCUCCAAACAGGAACUAAGGGAGCUUUUCACAUUAGAAGACACUCGAACGUCUGCAACUCAGAUCCAACUGCAGUCUUUGCACGCUACCCAAAGAAAGACCGACCUGCAGCUGGAUGAACACAUCACUUAUUUGCACUCUCUGGAGAUGUUUGGCAUUUCUGACCACGACUUGAUAUACACAAGGGAAAUAGCUCAUGAGGAGCAAGUUGAGAGUGAAGAAGCCCAUCAGUACAUCCAGCAGAGGGUCCAGAAAGCCCACGAGUUAGUUCAGUUGGAGUCCCAGCUGAGAGACCAGAGGAUAGAGGGGAUCAGAAAUGCUUGCGAAGAGAUGUUGCAAAGACCACCAGAACGGGUUUCUGAGCCAAAGACGUUGUCUCCAGGGCUGAACAAGAUAAAUGACUCUGGUUUACCCCAAGUAGCUGAUAAACAUGAAAAUGAUGGGGUUAUCGAUCUUACAGAGGACAAAGAGGUCCAGGUUCUGAAUGUUAGCUCCAAAAUGACAAGCCUGACUAUAAAUGACUUGGAUGAAGAGCUACUGGCACGAGAUGUGUCCAGUAUAGAUACAGAGCUGCUUAAUAACAGCAAGACAGUGAAACAAUCCAACAUACAAGAAUCUGAGCAAAAUCUUGAAUUGAGCAUUAUAUCGUCAUCACCUGGACUUCAUCCACUUGAUAAAGAGAGUCAGAGUCCUGAGGAGAAACAUUCUUCCCAUGUAAGCUCAGACAGCUUGAUCGAGGCAGGGAAUGGCCUGUCUAGGCAUCGUCUGCAUUCUCCUAAUGAGUCUGGUAUGGCUGGUGAUCCCAAAAGGUCAAGAGAUUCAGAAAUGCCAGAUCAGGUACUUGACCCACAUACUGCCUUGGGAGCGGAUAAGAAUGACGUUCCUGAGCUCACUGGGGCUGCCACAGUGCCAAGUUUAUCUAAUGUCACACCAGAAAUCCAUGCUGGGCUCCAGAAGUCUCGUGUGUUAGAAGCCAGCUUGGAGGAUAUGUCUGCAGUUUCUCUCCAGGAACAAGUUGACUUCAAUCUGGUCUUGGAAGAGUCUGAUGAGGGAUGGCAAGAUGCCUCUGACAGGCAAAGAUCACUGGAGCACCCAGAAAAUGAGGGCUUCCAGCUAAAAGCAGGAAGCCUUUGUACAUCUCCAACAAAACCUUGGCUAAGUGAGAAUGGUAACUGCGGAAAACCAUGCCACGCAGCUGAAGAAGAGCCAAACAACUCCCUGCAAGGGAGUGAAAUGUCAGAGGAAAGCAGUGGUGUCUUUACUUUCAGUAGAAAGAAACGCUUAAAAAGAAUUGCUUCAGACAGUGAAGAUGAUCCCAUUACGGUCUUGGAGGAAAACCAAUCUGAAAAAAGAUCCUCUCCCUUGAGCAGCCCUCGGUUUCAGUUUCUUGAAGGGAUUAGUGCAUCCACUCCUAAAUGUGACAGGAGUUUAAUAAAUGCUCUCCCUUCUCCCCAGCUAACUAACAGUGGCAGGAGGUCUACCGCUUCCAGGCGAUCUCUGAUCAACCGGGUAGUAGAUGAGGUUGAUGAUAUUGGAGAAAUAAUGGGAGCCACCGAUGAAGAAGACUAUGAUGGUGAUGAGGAGCAAGACUAUCUUGUGGAAGAAGCUCAGGAGUGUAGCGGGGAAUCUGCCGAGACAGAAGAAGAACCUACUGGAGAAACACUUAAUACAGAAGAAUCCUUCCAUCUAGACGCUAUAGCCUCUGGGCAGUCUGAAGCAGAUGAGAUGGAGUCAUCUCAGGAGGAAUCCACCGGUGAUGCUGAGCUUCAGUCGGGUGAGCAGAUAGAUUACUUCACCCAGGAAAGCAUCUCUGAGAAAGAGGUUGGUCAGAGCUCUUCUCCUGCUGUAGGUGAUUACAAUACCUUGGUAGACAGUGGGAAGAAACUUAAGGAUGACGGGAAACUACAGGAGGCUUUGAACUGUUUCCUGCAAGCUCUUGACAUGAAAAGUGGAGAUCCCGAAGUUAUGUUGAUGACUUUAAACUUGUACAGACAGCUAGCCCAGAAAUGAAAUACAUAGACCUUUAUUAAGUAUAGGCUUCCUUUUUCUCAUUAAAUGUUUGAACUGCAUCACCAAUUUUUUUGACCUAGUCUAAGACUGGUGGCUGCAAUGUGCACUUGAGCAUCUCCUCCUGCGUGAGCGAACAGCCUAAGCAGCUCAUUGUUUGGUGUUGGGGAAGGGAUCUCACUGUGGACUCAGUUCACAAAGAUGAAAGUUCAUGCUCCUGUCUGAUUAUUUCAUUAAAAAAAGGGUUGUCUUUUGUUUAAACUCUUCUCCCAGCUUGCAGCCCUGCCUUCCUCUUUCUGCCUUUCAGAUUCUCUCAGUGCCUCUCCUGGAGGGACCUGGGAGUGCGGUUCCAGGGCAGCUUGAACUGCUGUAGUUCCUCCCUCCUUGGUUUGCAAUAAGCCAAUUUUUCUGCCUCAACACCACCCACUGUUUGGGUGAGCUGGAUGCUGGUGCAAAGGAGGGAACAGAACUACUGCAACCUGUAUUUUACAUUGGUCAAGGAAUGCAUUUGCUGUGGAGGAGAACAACAAACCAAAGCAGUUGGUUGCUGCUCUAAAUCUUCCCA